AAGGAGAGGAACCUCGAGACGGUCCGGCGCACAUGUACGACGCUCUCUGCUGUGGUACAGAAGCUGCAGUUUCCAAACGCUUGCCACGACGACCCAGGUUCGUGUUUUCGUCCCCAUGCUGCCGAUUAAGCACUGGAUAAAGGAAUAUGUCGACUACUAGUAGCUUUAUGAACAUGGCGUUUAUUGGAGACUUUGAUCCUUUCACCGCUGCUAUUCCUGCCACCAAAGUUGAGCUCACAGUGUCGUGUCGAAACCUGCUGGACAGAGAUACAUUUUCCAAAUCGGACCCAAUUUGUGUGCUGUACACUCAAGGAAUAGCCAACAGAGAAUGGAGAGAGUUUUGCCGGACGGAGGUUAUAGAUAACACUCUGAACCCAGACUUUGUCCGCAAAUUCAUCCUAGACUACUUCUUUGAAGAGAGACAGAAUCUACGCUUUGACCUGUACGACCUGGACUCCAAGAGUGACAACUUGUCAAAACAUGAUUUUCUGGGCCAGGCUUUCUGUACCCUGGGGGAGGUGGUGGGAUCCAUGGGUUGCCGCAUGGAGAAGCCCCUAAUUGGUAUUCCUGGAAAAAAGUGUGGCACCAUCAUUGUCAGAGCAGAGGAGCUGAGCAACUGCAGGGAGUCAGUGAUGUUGCAGUUUUGCGGCAACAAGCUAGACAAGAAAGACUUUUUCGGGAAGUCCGACCCCUUCCUCGUCUUCUACCGCAGCAACGAGGACGGAUCCUUCACGAUCUGCCACAAGACAGAGGUGGUGAAGAACACUCUGGACCCGGUGUGGCAGGCCUUUAAGAUCCCAGUCCGAGCCCUCUGCAACGGGGACUACGACAGGAGCAUAAAGGUGGAAGUGUACGACUGGGACAGAGAUGGCGGUCAUGACUUCAUUGGAGAGUUCAGCACCAGCUACAGGGAGAUGUCAAGAGGCCAGUCACAGUUCCACAUCUAUGAGGUGCUAAAUCCAAAGAAGAAAGGCAAGAAGAAGAAGAAAUACCUCAACUCAGGAACGGUGACUCUACUGUCGUGCCUGGUCGAUACAGAGCUCUCCUUCCUUGACUACAUCAAAGGCGGGACUCAAAUUAAUUUCACGGUGGCAAUCGAUUUCACUGCUUCGAACGGUAACCCCUCCCAGCCCACCUCGCUCCACUACAUGAGCCCCUACCAGCUAAACGCCUAUGCCAUGGCUCUGCGGGCGGUGGGGGAGAUCAUCCAGGAUUACGACAGCGACAAGAUGUUCCCUGCUCUGGGCUUCGGUGCCAAGCUUCCCCCUGAUGGUCGGGUCUCACACGAGUUUGCCCUGAAUGGAAACCCCCUGAACCCCUACUGUAGUGGGAUUGAGGGGGUAAUGGAGGCCUACUAUCAAAGCCUGAAGUCUGUACGUCUCUACGGACCCACCCAUUUCUCCCCUGUGAUCAACCACGUAGCCAGGUAUGCGUCCGCGAUGACAGAUGGCUCCCAGUACUUCAUCCUCCUCAUCAUCUCCGAUGGUGUCAUCACUGAUAUGGCGCAGACGAAGGAGUCUAUCGUAAAUGCUUCUUCUUUGCCCAUGUCGAUUAUAAUUGUUGGGGUCGGACCAGCAGAAUUUGAUGAAAUGAUCGAGCUGGACGGGGAUGAAGAGAGGAUCUCCUCCCAAGGCAGAUUUGCUGAGAGGGACAUUGUUCAGUUUGUCCCCUUCAGAGACUACAUAGACCGGCGGGGAAACCACAUCCUCAGCAUGGCCCGCCUGGCCAAGGAGGUGUUGGCCGAGAUCCCUGACCAAUUCCUCUCCUACAUGAGGACCAGGGGGAUCAAACCGGGCCCCUCCCCCCCUCCCUACACCCCCAUCCCCGCCGUGCACCCUCUCCUCACCCGACGUGUGAGCCGAAUCUGAAGAGGAAAGGCGACGCCCCAUCAUCGAUUGGUCAAUCAAUAGCAACUCGGUUUUCUUCUUCCAACAACUCUUCAGUUUUGAUGGCAGCCUCUGAUGACGGACACCAAACUGUCCCAACUCUCAUGUUGCACUUCCGCUAAACCAUUGUGGGGAUGGGGUUCAGACAGGCAAAGUGGACGCAAGGAUUUUCUUCCAUUUUGGACGCUGCCCUUGUGAGGAAGCUCCUCCCUUUAGGGGUCAGAGGUCAGUAUGAAGCGACCUGACCCAGAAGGAGCUCACGUAAACAGGAACUGGUUCAGGAGCAGGGUCCGGACAACAUCUGGUCCAAUCUGUGGAGAACCUUCUCAAGAACUGUCCUCUUUCAACUUCUUCUUCCUUUCCACUCCACGUCCCUCCUACAAACGGUGUCUCUCGAUGUUUACAAAGGAUGGUAAAGGUUGAUGAAGGAUGAUUUUUUUACCCAACAGAUUUUUUGUUUUCAUGGCUGGCGAGAUACUUGUACAAAGGAGCCACAUCCCUCACCUGUCUUGCUUAGUAAAUGGAGCAUGAACUAGUGUAGAGAGUAGCAUUCGUGUCGUCCUGCACUCAGGGCUGUGUUCUUCCACUUCCAUGUCCCUUUUUAUGAGGCUACCAUCAACACGUAUAAUCUUCCCACUCUCCAGUCUCCCUCUCUGUCCGCCUGCCUUGACUCCAAGGGGGACUUCAAAGUCGGAUCUUGUCAAACAUAGCAGGGACUCAACCAGCCUUACUCACUGUCAGAUACAUUCACGUUCGCCAUGCUCAUAAGGGUUCUGGAAUUGUGGAUCUCCAUGCCCAGAAGUCAAAAACACACUCUGCAUCACAUGACCAUGUAGUGUUUCUGUUUUGUUUGUUAUUUUGAAUACCAUUAGACACCAUGGGAAACUUGUUUGUAUUUCAGAGGCUCUUUUUUUAGUUCUACCUCUUGACUUUUAUGUAAAGUGUUGCCAAACAAAAACUGCAGUAUUUACAAGUAGCAAGAGUUUUUCUUCUGUUAUUUUACUGUGCAAUGUUAAGACAACUAACAGUUAGCUUCAUGUCUGAAAAUCAUGACUGAAGUGCAGACAGCUCGUUGUAACUUGUUGAAAAUAUUUUUCCAAACAGCUAUACAAUCAAAAUUAAAUUAACUCCAUUGUGUCCAUAGUUACUGGAGAAAUACGGUACGUGAGUAACAAUGCUUACCUAAAGUUAGCUUAACCCUCUUAUUGUCUUAAAUAAUACUAUUACCAACUACUAUCUAAAUACUAACACCUAUUACAUUUGGGUCACUAUGACCCGGGGUCCAAUUAAUCUCAUAACUUAACUAAACCUUUGAUUACAAAUGUGAAAUUUGACAAAAUGUUACAGCUACAGAAAGGUGUAGAAAACAACCAAUUGGUCAGAAACAACAUCUUUUUGUUAACUCUCUAGUGUUCCCUAAAUGUAAAGCUGUGAAAGUAUGAAUGCCAAUGACACUAUACAGAUAUAUUUAAAUUAAGUCAAGGAGGUUGUGGUUCUUUAAUGCCAUGAACACAUUUAAACUAACCAAUAGAAAUGUGUGAAUUGGAAAAUAGUUUACAAAAAAAGAACUGGUCUCCGUCUAAUCUCUCAUCUUUUGCCUUGUUGAUGUUGUUGGACCUCACAGGCACUACUACAGCCCUUAUUAGUAUCAUCUCGGGUCAUAUUGACCUUAAAACAAUACGCAUUACUUUUUUCUGGCAGCUACACUGAAUUUCCUUUUUUUAUAACCCAAAUGUCCACUUUUGGGGUCAUUAUAGGAAGCUACUUUGGAGGGCCUGUACUUAGGUUCAUGUUUUCUUAGGUUUGAACAUGAUUUGGGGUCAUUAUGAUCCCAGGACAAUAUGAGGGUUCAGGUUUCUAGUCAACACUCCCAUAAAAGCAGUCUAACUUACUCUUGUAUUUCCCAAGGCUAUUCUUACAUUUGCAUAAAAGAAUACCUACACAAUUAAUGCCUCAAACACAACCUGGUAACUGCACUGCCACUUCUAACAAAAUGUCAAUACAUUUUAUAUAUGCUACUGUAGUUUAUUUGCUUGGCUUCACAGUAAAUAUAAAUGACAAUGCAAUAGCAUGACAUCAAAGCACAAAGCACAGACUCAUUUUGAAACUGUUUCAUUACGUUAUCCCAUGUUGUAUCUGCCUUGUGAACUCCUGUGGAAUAUAAAAGCACUACAAUUUGGCAUUGUAUGCUGCCCGUUAUAUAACCAAAUGUAUUUGUUCACCUCCCAACAUAUUUAAGGCAUCAUCCUUCUCCUACUUUAAGAAGAACUUUCUUUUUGAAGUCUGUUCAUAAUCAGCUUUUAAACUUUUUACCAGUUUAUAAAUUCCUGAUUAUCUUAACAUCUCUUUAAUGUACUGUUGGUACUUUUGUAUAAUGCUGCUUGUACCAUUUUUUUUUACUAGGGCCUGUAAUCAUAUUUAAAUCAUGAAUAACAGGCCUUAUAGAUGUAUUUACAUAAGUUAAUCAUAUUUAAAUCAUGAACAACAGGCCUAAUUAAUGUAUUUAUUUUCAUGCCUAAAAAGUUCAUGUUUACAGGACAUUUAGGUGGACCUUAAAAAAGUGUUACCGUUUGUCUAAAUAGUGUUUACAAUGACAGAUAUUUUCAGUGUAACGAUUCAAACAUUCUAGCUUAACAAUUCAUGCAAACUUCCAGGUUGUAUGGAGGAAUGUUAUUAUUGGUGACUUAUUAUGACAUCUUGAUAUUUUGAAAAUGAAUAGUGAUUUUAUUUUACUCAUAGUGGAGGCAUUGCUGGUAAAUAUAGGCUACUAUAAUUCCCCCUAGAUGUUUUGCACUGUUAAUGUUACCCUAUGAGAUUGUGGGUGUUGGACUGCACAAUGUAGCAAUGUUUUUUAUUUGUUUGUAUGAACUGGUUGCUCUUUUUCAGGGAUAGGAUAAGAUUGAGCCAGAAUAAACUGGAUUAGACCAGAUAAGACUAGGAAAACCCUUGUAUACUGCGGGAACGAGGACUCUGGCUCUAAAACAGGAGGCAAGACUCCUCAUUUAUUUACCAUGUCAAUGUCAUCUUGCACCCACACACUCGCAUACAUACAUGUAUUUGUGUAUGAAAUAUGCAAGAAACUUUCAAAACAUGGUGAGGGUCCAAUGUGUUUCUUAUUUUCUCUUUCAAAGGAAGAUUAAAGAGGGAACCAAUAUUAUUUACAAAUUGUUGUUACCAAAUCAUUCAUGCAUCCAUGAAUUAACAUUCAACUACAAACUCAAGAGAACUUGUGUACAUAUCUGCGUUUGGAUUUUUUGAUAUGGAAGUAUAUGAACGCAGUUAAGGAAUGCAUGUAAUUGCUCUCAGGAGGAUGCAAUUAAAUGUUGUAUUAGUGUAUUGUUUUAGAGUAAAGAAUGAGGCUUUCAAAACUAACUUGUGUGCAUAACAUGCUAAACAAUCCACUCAGUAUCCCUGAGUCUAUUAGUACCUAUAUGUAGGAGUAGAAAAGUAACUAUCUACAAAGCUUCUAUACAAAAAAAACAAGAACAAUUGAGGUGUUAUGUAUAUGGCAGGCGGCCACAUGCUACUUGUGGACAAACAGCUUUAAUUAAGUAUGUUUUCUUCACUGCCUCCCACAGACAAUGGUAAUGGUGUGCAUUCAUGUCACUUUGCCAAGACAGAAAACUUGUUGAGCAUGAUGUUUGAUCCCUGUGACUGCAUCACAGCGCCUUGUAAAGUUCACGUUAUCUCACACAUUAUGACAUGAACGUUGUUUACCUAAGAUGGUUACCCAGUGAUUCUAUCGAAUGCUUGUGACGAUAUCCUAUUCUAUCCUAUUUUUAUAGCAUGCAUCAUGUUUGCAUGUGUGAAUUCUAAACAGAGGUGCACCAGUACUUGUACAUGACGUUUAUGUUUUUCAGACUACUAUGGAAAAAUAUUGCCUUAAAAUCUCACUGAACUUUUGGAAUUGUGCAAUGCCUUCAGAUAUUUAAUGACUGAUUCUCAUUAUGUGUCAGUACAAGUGUUUUUGUAUAAUCAUUCACAGCCACUGUCCUUCAUGCGUUGUUCAUCUCAGAUGCAGAAAUAGUGUGAAUAGGUGACGGUGGGGUCUGAACAGUAAAGUCUGUGUUGUUUUGUCAACAGGCAGAAUCUAAAGAAACCCAAAUCCAACUCAACAAAGGCCGGUACCAUAAAUCCACUUGAUAGAAUUUUGUUAUCCAAAGAUAAAUACAGGGGGCAUUUGAACUUGUGACCUCUUGAUCUGCAGUAUAAUGCUCUACCACAACUAAACCCAUCUCCUAUAGCUUGAACCAUUCCUAUGUAGUCAUAUAAUCAAAGCCACUUUUUUUACUGUUAUUACAGUCUUAUUAUGUAAUAACCUUUUAUCAUUAUUGCAGUAGUUUGAUCAUUCUAAGGAAUACAUUUAAACUAUCAAAAUAUUUGUAUUAAAAUGUUCUGUAUUCACGUAUACAAAAUACAGUAUGAAAAUAAAGGGGUGUGUAUAAUUCAGUUGUAGAUCAUUUGCCUGCAGAGCAAAAUGGCUCAGGUUCAAAUCCCCCAUGUAUGUUAUUUGGAUAAAAUCAUCUGCUAAGUGAAUACUGCCAAAUCAUAAUUAAUUAUUAUCCAAAUCUACUUUGGAGAAGUGAAAUCAAUGUCUGCAAUAACAAUUGAACUAUACUUCACACCUUUCAAUGAAAGCAACCCACAACAUAGCUUUUACUGUUCUAGGUUGAGGGAUAACCUACAGCAAAUUGAUAUUUAAAUGACUGUUUCUUUA